AUGUCUCUGGUCCACCUUGCCAACGUGUGCUCGCAUCUGAACAAUUGCACCAAGGCACGUCUCGCCCUGACUUCGAUACCGCAUACCAAGCUUCACCUGAAGCUGUGCUUGGCCCUUCAGAAUGCUGGCGUGAUUUCCGCCGUCGUUCGUGGUGGACCAGAACCCCCUCCACAACAUCUCCUUUUGGGACAGCCUUCGGUGAACGAUGAGGAAGGAGGAGUGGAACCGGUAACUCAGAGCAAUGUGGCGUCCAGGCGACUUUGGCUGGGAUUGAAAUACUGGCAGAGUGAGCCGGUUCUGGGGAAGAUGAGCCUGGUCAGCAAGCCCAAGCGGCGGAUCCAUAUUGACGUUCCCGGUCUUCGUAAAGUCAUCCGUGGGGAGAAAAGCGGAUACGUGGAGGGUCUCCGAUCGCCUGGCGAACUGCUAUUCCUGUCGACAGAUAAAGGGUUGAUGGAAGCGAGAGAAUGUGUGGAAAAGAAAGUGGGAGGCCUUGUUUUGUGCAGGAUCCGUCCAAAAAAGCAGUCAGUGGUAAUUACUGUCUUAAUUACUAUAUUCCGUCUUCAGGCCUUCCUCUAUGCGAACGGUAGACAUGCGAGCAGGGUCAGGUGCUGCAUCGGAAGUCAUCUGAUUCGCCGAACACCACCUCCGGUCACGAAAAGAAGUGACCAGAAAUCGUUUGCCAGUAAAAAAAGUGCCAUGGUGCUCACCAACGUCCUUAUAACAGGCGGCUGUGGUUUCGUCGGCUCCGCGAUAGCCAGAGCGGUGGCUGAGAAAUACCCCCAAUGUGCCAUCACGAUCAUAGAUAAGAACCCUCCUGGUCCUACGCACGUGGUUCCAUCGCAUGCAUCGUUUAUCCAGGUGGAUGUGACAUGCAAAGAGGAAGUCGAAAAAGCAAUUCACCAAGUUCGACCCAUUGUACUCAUUCACACGGCAGGUAUCGUGCCCGUGCUGAGCGAGCGAUUCGGGAGAAAACUGCAAAACCUAGUAUGGAAAGUCAAUGUCGAGGCAACCAAAAUCCUCCUCGAAGUUGCCAAAAAGGCGGGGGUUCAGGCAUUUGUCUUUACCAGCAGUUGCUGUGCGAUUACAGAUGACAUGCGCCUCCCAUAUGCCAAUAUUGAUGAAAGCUGGCCGACAUCUCGGUCGUCGCUGAUAUACGGCGAGUCUAAGGCAGCUGCAGAAGCACUUGUCCUUGAGGCAUCCAGCAGCACCAUGGCCACCUGUUCCCUCAGACCUUCGGUGCUCUGUGGGCCCGGCGAUUACCAAUUGGUGCCAGCCAUCCACGCCUGCAUCGCCAAAUGGGAGACCCCUUGGGUGCUGGGCGAUGGGUUCAAUAUGUGGGACGUGACUUAUGUCACAAACGUCGCUGAUGCGCACGUAUUGGCUGCGGAGAACCUGGUCACGUCCAAAACUGCGGCGGGCGAGGCCUUCUUCAUCCAGAACAACGAACCCAUCACGUUCAGAGACUUCUGCCUGGCAAUAUGGGCGCAUUUUGGGCACAUACCCCCCUUCACCGUCCACAUCCCCGAAAGCCUGGCAUGGGUGGCUGGUCUGAUCUCAGAAUACUUCACCUGGCUGACCGGCAGCAAAACCACUUUGAGCCGGGGAAGUGUCAAGGACGCGUGCCAUAUGAGAUACGCCAGCGGAGAGAAGGCGAAGCGGAUCCUAGGGUAUGAGCCUCGAGUAGGUAUUGAGGAGGGUAUUCGUCUCAGCUGCGAGGACUAUGCUCGUCGGCUGGGUAUCGAGCUACCCAAGCGACCGACAAAAUCUUCAGAAGCGGCUAAGAAAAAACAGGACUGA